AAAAGAACGAAGUGGUUUGGAAAUAAAGGAAAUGCAAUAAUAUUGUAAAGGCUGGCGGCGGCGGCAAGCUGGGCCCCGCUCGCCGCUGCCGCCAUUAGUCCACCUCUUGCGUCGUCUCUCACACUCAACAGUUUCCUCCCCGAUAUUGAAGAGAAAUUCGACCUUUACUGCCUUGAAGUUGUGAAAGCAAUUUUCAAAAAAGUUUGCUGAAAGUGGAUGGCAAGAGGUAAAGAGACAGCCAGAAUGGGUAAACAAAAGAAGGAAGAAUCAAAGAAGAGACCCCCAAGUGACAGUAGUGAAUCUGAUUCAGAUUCUGGCCCUGAUGAUAAAGAACCACCAACAAAGAUGGCAAAAUCUGAUGCAUCAAGUAGUUCAUCUCGUCGUAAAAAUGAAAGUGGCGAAACUUAUUUUGAGCUAGAGCGCAAUAAGCGGGUUACAGUGCGCCAAUUCAGAGGCACAUUGUAUGUUGACAUCCGCGAGUUCUACGAGAAAGACGGAAAGAAUCUUCCUGGGAAAAAAGGUAUUGCACUGACAGCAUCAAUGUGGAACAAACUCAAGUCAUUAAAGGAUGAUGUGGAUGAAGAAAUAAAGGCACUUGCAUAAAGUUCUUGCAGCGAAAUCCUUUUCAGGCAUUUUCAAGACUGGCAACACUUUUUAUUGAAUGUCUUAAUAUCUUGCCUUCACUUGAUGUUUUUACUUCAAAUGUAAUUCUUUUACUUUACCUAAAUUUCUUUCAAAGAAUCUUAGGUUUUGAGAAGUAAAAUAACUUUGUUUAGUUACCGUAUAAUCUUUUGAGCGAGUUAUUUAUUUUUUUAUUUUUAGUGAAGGAUUUAUGGGAAAGGCUGUCAUGCGUGAUGAGUGAAAUAUUUGAUCAUUGUGUGCCAGAAAGGUUUACAGGAACCUUGGAGAUGUGAUCAACAUUAGAAGUAGUGUAAAUGUAUUUGGCAUUGUGCAGAUUUAAUCUUGUCAACUGCUGUGUUUUGAAAUCAUUAGCUUAUGGUGUUUUGUUCUAGAAGUGUUAAAUUCCUUCUGGAAAUGUAACUAGAAGACUUACUGUUUUCAUGAUUAUUAAUGUUGCAUGUAAAAAGUCGUUAAAAAUAAAAAUACCAACCAA